AUGACGACGAUCCCAUCCCACUUAUCUUCGGUGGGACCUUCGCCCUCAAGAAAUCCAUUUGCUCGACCUAAAUUAGGUGUUUCAUCCAGUAGUUCAUUUACGAGGAAAACAUUAUUACCUUCAAUCCUCAGUCCCGUAAAGCCCGUGAAUCACGAAACACAGUCAGUCACUCCAUCAAGCAAUAAGAAUGCGACUGCUACUUCCUCAAGUACCGGUAAAGCAAGACCUGCUUGGAGAUUACUUUGGAGAGGUGGAUUGGAGAUUGGUAAUGAAGGUUGGAGAUUAGAUGGUAUAACUUUCUUUGCUUCAUUAACAUUCUCACCUCCAACACCAUCAGUCAAAGAGAUUAAUCCAUUCGAUGUACCUAUACAACUACAAAUUCAAAACACGCCAGGAAAUGAUAUUGCGGCUGGCACGAGAACUCCCGGAGGACCUUUGUCCCCCUUUCCAUUGGUAAGCGGAGAUACUGAUCUUUGCUUAUCCCUUGAAUCAAUGAGAGGAAGGAAGUAUCUACAAGUUAGAGGUUUAGUCGAUUUACCUCAAGAUGAAACAUUGGAAGGGGAAGUUGGAGAUAAUACGACAGGGGGCGGUGUACAAAUGUCAAUUUCACCUCAAGCACCUUUAUUGAUAUCAUACUUCACUGGAUUGUUAUGUCGAAAUGAGAAAAUAUCUGUGAAUGGCAGGACCUUGUCUGCCAUAAUGAUCGGUCUAGGUGAUGAAGGUAUAGACUCGACCACCAAUUCUUCGAUCUUGGUAUAUGGUCAAAGACAUGCAAAUGUAUCAAAUAGUGGGGGAGGACUAUUGAAACUUUGUGUAGGACGACGGAAGUCACCACCGCUUCCUCCGAGUGCAAAGAAAGUUAAACCUGGUGAACCUUUACCUCGGGCACCUCUGUUCUUUCCCGUUAAGGCACCUAAAAAGCCUCCUCCUUUAUUUCCUUCUAGGUCCUUAUCCAGAUCAUCGUCGAUAUCCUCUUCAAUCUAUCAUCAUCCACAGCCUGCAGCGGAAAGCUCGCAAUCUGCAGGGGCAUCGUUGAAAGGUCGAUCGCCGGGUCGUAAAGGAGAGAAAAGACCGCAUAAAAUGGACAUGGACACAAGAAACGAGGAUGAAAGGAAGAGGAAACAGGGCAAAGUGGUGUUGGAUCGAUCCGCGAAAAUGGAGAAAAGACCUUCAUUCUCAGUCAAAUUAGAAGGAAACGAAGAAGAUGAGGAAGAAGAAGAUAUAUUUGGUAAAAGAUCCAAGUCAAUCACCCCUGUUCCACCUCUUGUGGGCCGUACAAAAUCCACAGAUACAAAUAUGGAUAACACCAAGAAUGAGAUCGCUCAAAGUGAAAAUGAUGAUCUACCCAACGCAACGAAAACCAAGAGAAUACGAGUUCCGCAACAAGUGCUUGAUAAUAAAGCCGCAAUACGGAAGCAGACCUUAGUCUUACUUGAAAGUAGAGGGAUAUCUCGAACUCAUGAUUCCUUUAAAGAUGUUUUCGGUAUGACUACUAAAGGCACCUCUUUCGCUUUUAGAGAUCAACUGCAAACAGACCAACUAUCCAAAGUCGAUAUACAUCGUAUAGUCAAUAGUCAUCUGGACAUGUAUAUUCCCUUGUCAUCGAACGAAUCGAACGAAAACGAUACAGAUCUGAAUGCGGAGGAGGAAGAUAUGAAACCUGAAAAGUUAGUCAAAUUAGAAGAUAUUACAGAAAAGUACGAAGAAAUCAAGCUCGAAGGUACCUUCAUGCAUCCCGAAUAUGAACCUUCCAGUACCGCGAAAAUCAAGCUGGAAUCUGUCGUUGAAGAAGAAGAGGAUUGA